AUGGCGGAUGAGGAGCAGAGGAAGAAACGGCGGAAGGAAGCCCUGACCAGGCUCGAUUCGCAGGCCUUUGUGCCGUCGUCCAAGUCCGUAUAUGCGGACACAAACGGAGUUCCCAGGAGUGGGGAUCCACCACGCGUUCUCCAUCUCGGGCUGACCGACGGAGAGAUCGCCAACCGAGUGGUGGUUGUGGGUCAUCACUCGCGCGCAGAGCUGCUUAGUGGCUUUCUGUCACCCGAGGGCCCCGAGCUCUUUAAGCUGGCCUCGGACCGUGGGUUCCUGACCUACACGGGACUCUUCAACGGCCAGAGGCUGAGCAUCGUCUCGAUCGGCAUGGGCUUGCCCAUGAUGGAUUUCUUCGUCCGGGAAGCCCGCGCCAUUGUGAAGGGACCCAUGGCUAUCGUGCGGCUGGGCACGUGCGGGUGCCUUCAAGACUGGGUGAAGGUGGGGUGCGUGAGCGUGGCCUCCGCGGGAUCCGCGCUGGCGCAGCGGAACUACAGUCACUUUGAUGCGCCGGAGCUCCAUGCUGGGUCCGAGCCAUACUUGAUUUCGGACCUCUGUUUGCCAGAUGCAGACCUCACUUCGCUGGUCAGCAGCUCGCUUCGCGAAGCUCUGGGGGCAGAGAAGGUGGUGGAGGGCAUCAACAUCACGGCCGAUUCCUUUUACUCCUCACAGGGUCGCGCAGACCCUGCUUUCGAAGAUGAGAAUAGCGCGCUGAUCGAGAAGGUGCUGCAGCGAUACCCCAAGGCCAUCACUAUGGCCUCUCAGCACCCACCAGUAUAA